AAAACUAUGCAGACUGAGGUAUCACGAAAAGGUGUCAUGGGGCAUGUGUGGCCACAUAACCAAGUGUUUGCGUGUUACAAACCCGUUUCGUUGGCGAAUGAUCCUACCAAUCCUGGUCCAAGCACAAGGCCGGAAACGCCGCACCCUUGCAGUCCCGACCGACCUGAGACGACAUAUAAUUCAGGACUUGACCAACGGCUGGACUCUGCCCUCGUUCGACCAUGCCCGCCAUCGUGAAACUGCUCGAGCAUCCGACCGAUAUCCAAAUCGUUGAAUGUGCCGCUCUUCUCUCGAAAGCGCUUGAGGGAGAUGUAACCAUCCGUGCCAUGACUGGCGGCCGGGAAGAGCUCGCUCCUGCUCUCUUCCGCGCAAUGCUCCGCGCUGGCUCGCUUGGAGGAAAAUUCCAUGUUGUUUCAGACGAGGUGUCCGGGCAGAUCACCACGGUGGCGAUCUCAUUUGCUCCUGGAGGCGGCUUAUUCGAUAGAGUAGACCAGCGCGAGGCUGGCUGGAAUGAUUUCUUUGCAUCAUUGUCUCACGAGACCCAAACAUGGUGGCGUACGACACUCGGUAAAGAUUACGCAGAUGCGAUUCAUGCGAUACUAGGCAAUCAUUACAACAAUCGUUGGCAGAUCAACGUCCUCGCCACACAUCCAGAGCGCCAACGGAAUGGUUAUGCCACGGCGGUCAUACAGGCUGUGUGCUCUCUGGCCGCAAAGGAUAAAACUGUACUUGCACUAACAACUCAGAACGAACGAAAUGCACAGUUCUACCAGCACCGAGGCUUUUCUAUUGUAGGAACGACAGAAGUCAAUGCACCGACUGGUCCGUGGACACAAUACGUCGUGCUUUGGGACCCGAACGUGCCUUCCUGACGAACGGCCGCAAUCUCGCAUUUUCUCCGGUAUAAAUCAUGUACAUUACAUGGUAUAUUACUACAUGCAAUAUAAAUAUCACGAG